AUGGCGAUCCCAUUUACCUACCAUGCCAAGGCUCAGUCCACCUUUAAGCCUCCGCUGAUUGCCAACGAGAAUGCCUUUCUAGGCGAUGUGAUCUCCAGUGACAAGGAUAAUGCCGAGAAACCUGUAUCUUGUGGAUUCUACCGCUUGGAGAAAGGCACACCCCUCGUUUACACCUAUACCUAUGACGAAAUGAAGAUCAUCCUCGAGGGUCAAUUUGAGAUCUCGGAUGAAACAGGGCAGAAGGUUACUGCUAGCCCUGGCGACGUGUUUUAUUUCCCCAAGGGCGCCAAAAUUACCUUCACGACUGAGGAUUACGGACUCGCAUUCUACACUGGCCAGCGGGCCAAGGACGCGGCGUGA